AUGGAGAAGCAUCAAUGCAAUUAGCUAUAAGAUUAAUUAGCUCUAAAUAUCCAUCUAUUGUGCCAAUACGAUGUAUUGCACAUUUAUUAAAUUUAAUUACAUCAGAUAUUAUUAAAAUAAAAUUCGCAAAAAAUAUUUUAUCAAAAUGUCAAGUAAUUAUUAAGCAUUUUCGAACAGUAUAUCGAGCUGGUGCAAUUUUUAAAGAAGAAUUAAUUGAACAGCUUAUUAUUGGAGGAGGUUUAAAAUCAUCUUACAAAUCUCGUUGGUCAACAGCUUGGGAUUGUACAGAUUCAAUUUUAAGAUGCGAACUUAUAAUUAAAGCGGCUAUUGAUAAUCACCCUAAACUUUUUAAGAAGACUGAAAUUAUUAAAAUUAUUUCUGAUCGGCAAUUUUGGAUAAAUGUUGAACAACUUCACAAAGUAUUAGAAGCUCCAAAACAAGCUAUAACAAGUGUCGAAUCUAAAACAGCAACACUUGCAUCAAUAUUUGUUGAUCUUUUAAAAAUGGCAAAUGCUAUUAAAAAACUUCCAAGCAUUCAAAACUUAGAAUUUAAAAGAUUAUGUAUUAAUAUAUAUAAUCGUAGAUGGGCAGAAUUUGAUAUAGAUCUUUUUCUUUUAGGAUACUUUUUUCAUCCAUAUUUUCGAUUCUUACCAGGAGUUUUUUGUAGAGUUUGUCAUACUGCAUUAUCAAUUUGGUUAAAAAUGGAUGGUGGAAAAUAUAGUAGUACACAACUUUUAUCGCAAAUGACUUCAUAUAAACAAUAUGAAGAUCCUUAUGAUAUUUCAUUCGAUCUAUAUAGUUCAUCUGUACAAAAUUGGUGGAUGACUAUUGAUCAAAGAAAUAAUCAUAUUCAAAAAUUAGCACUUAAAAUAUUGGCAAUACUUAAUUAUAUUAAUCAAGAAAUUUCAGAUGAAGACUUAGAAAACACAAUAGCAGAUAUCAUUUAUGCAAUGUUUACUGAAACAGAAUUGUUUAAUAAUGAAGAGGAUGAACAAGAAUUAGAAAAUUUAUUAUCUAAUAAUAAUAUAGAUAAUGCAUUUAGUAAUACAGAUAUAAUGCUUGAAAAUAUUAUUGAUAUUACUUCAAUCAUAGAUAACUUAGAAUUAGAACAUGAAUUUGAAGAAGAGGUCGAUCAUGGAACAACAAAUUUUGAUAUUGAUGCAAUGUUAGAUAAUGCUAAUCUAGAAUGA